AAAAAAAGUUUUUGCAGUUUUCCCACUGUGCAAAUUCAGAGAUGCUUUUUUUUAGGAGCUCAGGGAGCCCUAUUUAAAACCAUACAUUGAAUUUUCCCAGUAUCAUGUUUUCAACUGAGAGAUGAAUUUCAGCAGUAGUCUGGACUUUUCUUUUUUUUCUAUUUCCUCUCAAAAAAAUUGUAUUUUCUUAGAGUACGAAGUAGGAGACACAAAGUACAAGGAGGUUUUAUGACCAAAGUUAAGUUGGCAUCUUUGUGAGAGUUUUUUCAGCAUUUUUGAUGGGGAUGCAAUACAGUAGAACUUACGUAGAUGUCGGAAGCCAGGAGAAAUCUGUUGUUUAACAAUGUUGCUUAUAAGAGCAGAGGAACUGUACUUGGAGGCUAAAAUUUCCACUUGCAAUAAGGAAGAGGUCAACUCCGUUUGUUUCCUCAAAUAAAUCAGGUAUACAAAAAAUUCAACGUAAAGCCGAAGGUCGAGAUGGAGCAAUCAUUUCUGGUAGGGAGUUCAGCCGGUUCAGGCCCUGAAAACUCAUCCAUCGGAAACCAAGAGGCAACAGUUAUAGGAUUAGUGCAGUCUUUAUUCACUCCAUUACCAGCAAAAACUCUUCAGUACAGAAAUAUCGAUCCUGUAGGAUGCGGCGCAAGUCUGAUGAAUGAUUCUCUUUUGUCAAUGGUAAAGUCAACUGUGAAAGUGGAAGAAGAAGUUUCCGAAAAUAAAGAUGUAAUUCUCGAACUUGUGAGUUACCCGUCCUCCAGUUCUGACGUUCCUCUGAAAUAUGAAGAUGAUGUAUUGGACGAAAGGAUACAAGAAGCACCCGUCAGUUCAAACAAACAAAAAGCAAGCUGUGGCAAUCCAAGCAAUGUAACAACAGAGGAUGUACCAAACAUCGCCAAUUUUGAAAGUGAUCUGAAUUUUUUGAAUCAAAGUAACAUUGUGAACAAUAUAGAAGUAAAAGUGAAGGAAGAGUGUUCACACGAAGAGGUCAUAACCAGUGAGCUGGUCAAAUAUUCUUCUGCGGACUCAAAUGAAGCAUUCAAGUCUGAAGAUGACAGCUUUGAAGAGGAACCCUAUUUUCCACUUGAUGACAGCCCUGCGCAGGAGAAAGGCUCAGAAAAAAACUGUUGCAAGGAUCAAGUCAGGUCCAAGGCCAGUGUAUCAAAAUUGAGAAAUGUUUCCGUCAAACUUGUUGAUAUUUUCCCAAACAGCGUUCGGAAGCUUGGCAAAGCCCACUAUCAGGAUAAAUCGUGUGCUUGCAUUUUCUGUCGAGGAGAGUACAAGUGGACUGCUGGUUUGCCCUAUCACCCCAAAGAUAUCGACAAACUGUCAAGAGUAGCUCCACAUGAAUCAGCCCUUAAAUCGGGGCAAGAUUCUACUGACAGUUCGGUUUUAUCCAACAAAGUUUUGUUUGAAUGCAGUGAGUGUUCAAAAAAGUUUACCCUCAAAAAUAGUUUAAGCAAACAUUUGAAAGAAAAUUGCAAAGUUGUGAAAAGUAAAGAGGGUUAUACAGCAAAAUAUCGUAAAAAGCGGGGAAAAAAAAAUUAUAUUUGCACUGAAUGUUCUCGGGAUUGCAAAAGCAAUGCAGAGUUACUUAAUCACAUGAGAGUGCAUACGAAAGAAAGACCUUUUAGCUGCGAAGUAUGCUCGAAAUCGUACACUCAAAAAUCAGCCAUGAACGCUCAUAUCAGACAAGUACAUUUGAAAUUAAAACCAAUUAAUGCAACUUGUAGUUUGUGUCCCAAGAAAUUCAAUUCUCAGUACAAACUUGCAGUGCAUGUAAGGGCAGUGCAUCUUCAAGAAAAACCUUACAGUUGCAAGUUGUGUCCGGCUAAGUUCGCCUACUCCGGCCAGAGCCUCAAAGUGCAUAUACGGUCAGUUCACAGGAAGGAAAAACCAUAUGCUUGCAGCCUGUGCUCGGCAUCAUUUUCACAGAAUAGCCAUUUAGGAGUUCAUAUGAGGGCUAUACAUUUAAACCAAAAAUUCAGCUGUGAGCUAUGCCCGGCCAAAUUGGCGCAAAAAUCCGAGCUUAGACGUCAUUACAAAGCCGUGCAUCUUAAAGAGAAACCAUAUGAAUGCAGUGAUUGCGCUAAAACCUUCCCCUUCAAAUCAGCACUGGAAAGUCACAAAGAUUCAGUGCACAAUCCUAAUCGUGAAAGAAAUUUUAGUUGUGAGAUUUGCUCUGCUGCUUUCAUAACAAAAGAAGGCUUACAUCUGCAUCUACGAUCCAUCCACAGCGACGAACGACCGUUUACCUGCGACAUUUGUCAAGCCACUUUCAAAAGGAAAUUCACCAUGAAAGCACACUUACGUUCUCACGAUCCUGAGAAACGCUUUAGUUGUGACGUGUGCUUUGUGAAAUUAAAAUCCAAACGGUCCCUUGAGUAUCAUCUGCAAUCGCAUUGUGGCGAAAGACAAUGUUUUACUUGUCACAUUUGCUCGCUUGAAUUUUCCUCCAAGUCAUACGUCAAACUUCAUCUCAAAGCAGUGCAUGAGAACAAAAGAAUGUUCAGCUGCAAACUUUGCCCAGCAAAAUUCAAACAAAAUCAGCACUUGAACAUACAUUUGCAGGGAGUGCACCUAAAAGGAAAGACAUUUAAUUGUGCGCACUGUCAAGCCAAAUUUCGUAUCAGACAAAGUUUGAACUUACAUAUAAAGGCUAAGCAUCUUGCACCAUCUUACAUUUGCGACUAUUGCUCUGCAAAAUUUGCGCUGAAAGGCGGUUUAAAGCUUCAUAUACGAGUAGUACAUUUAAAAGAAAAACUGUUUAGUUGCCACCUGUGCCCCGCAAAAUUUGGUCAGGGGUCAAAUUUAAAAAGCCAUGUGAGAAGAAUCCACUUGGAAGACAAACCCUUUAGCUGUGACGUCUGCACCAUUAAAUAUCAAUACAAAAAGGACCUUAAAAAACAUAUGCUCUCCCAUUCGGAAAGAACGGAGGAUAGUGUCGGAGGUGAGCUCCACUCUUAAGUUAGCGUUUUUGUUGCAAAAUGAAGACCCUUUUUCUGUUGACUCUGCUUAUGCAAAAAUAGCAAAUGCCUGUAUUUCCUAAAGAGUUUUUCGGUUUUGUGACUCUUGGAGGUUGGACUCACGAAUGCAGUGUAAAUUUUGUUCUACGGCUUGGUCCUCUCUUGGAGGGGGGGGACACUGUGCCUUGUUCCUAAAAAUCAUGCGAAAACAGCCUGUGUCCAAUCAGACACUACUAAAGUUCCUUUUGAUAUCCUUGAAUUGUCAAGGAUCUUUUAAAUACUUAAUUUUAGCAUCUAUUCAUUAAUCUAUUAUAAGUAAAUGUUAUCGUACAAAAAACGCUUGUAAAUAUGUUUAUAUAACGGGAGUUCACUUUUGGAACAAAUUCAUUGCCAAAAGUAUUUUGUAAGUCGCUGUUAUUAAAUUGAUACUUUUUUGUGAAUUGUGAACAAAUUUUGUGCUUCAAAAUCUGCUUCUGGAACUCCUCAGAGCCAGUCGUGUGUAAGCAACAAGUUUCCAGCUUUUUCAUGAAACUCUCUUCGCAAUUUUUUGAAGAUGUUUCAUCUUUUUAACUGGCACAAAAUAUUAUUCUUGAGUUUUAAUUUUUGUUUCAAUACUUUUUGAGAGAAUUGAACAGUUUUGUAACUCAGAGACUUCAGUGACUCAUGGGAAAAAGAAAUAACGACUAUUUUCUUAUUUUUAAAAUAACUUCAUUACUCUCAGAAGAAGAAAAUAUGGUACCUUAAACCUUAAUAAUCCAAUUUAAAUCGAAUUUGCAGAAUACACAAUUCUAAAUUUUUGGGAAAAAAAUUUAUUUCAAGCUUUGCUCAACUAGUAAUGCGUAAAAGUCUAAACUUGCUCGAUUUUACAAAGCUGUGUAUCUCAGAAAGAGAGCAGAAAAGUUCGACAAAGAGAAAGUUUAGUUUUUUAUCUAAAGUUUUUCAUUAUUUUUUAAAUUAUUUUUUCGUUAUUUUUGGGUCAAAAGAUUUUCAUCUUAACGGUUUUUUCUUUAUUUUAUUUGUUUUUAAUUGGGCAAUAUUAUUGGAUGUUAGUGUAAUGUUGUGAUCUUCCCUCAACGUUUUUAUUUUAUGUAUGUUGUCUCAUGUUAAUUUUGCCAUUGUGAGAUGUCAAAAUGUUUGUGCCUAUGUAUAGAGCACGCUUUAACUUUGAUGGAUGCCAAGUUGUGUGUCUUGUAAAUCAUUUUUUUGUAAGAAAAGGAUACUUUUAAAAAAAAAAAAAAACAUUAAAUCAUCGACAUAAAAUUCCUUGCUUUUAUUUUAAAUUUUUCGGUAGAGGAUUUAAUUGUUAUGAUUCAAUCAGUUUUCUCUCUGUGUAGAUCCUCUAUUUUUAUUCUCAUUUCAUUCAAUAUUUGUAUAUGUAUUUUGUAUUUUUAUUUUUACUAUCAAAGCAAUACCUACAAGAUUUUUGUUAUUGGAUUUUUUAUAUUGAUUAUUUAUUUUUUGAACGAUUUUCCGGUGAACAUUCCCUCUUUCACAAUAAAUAUUUUUGUAACUAAGACA